AUGAAGUUCGUCCUUGUCACCUUCCUUGCUCUUGCCACCGGCGCCUUUGCCCUUCCCGGCGGUGGUCCUCCUCCUCCUCCUCCUCCUCCUCCCAAGCCUGUCAAGCCUGCCAAGCCCCCCACCAACAACCAGCAGAUUUCCUGCGGUAACGACCAGUCUCUCUACUGCUGCACCAACGAUGGCGGCAACAACGUCAAUUGCGCUUCCUUCUCCAACGGGGGCAUUGGCGGCAUCUGCAACGGUAUGCAGGUCUGCUGCAACAACAACCAGGGAACCCAGGGUUGCAACGUUGGCAACGGCGGUGGCACCAUCACCUUCACCCAGAACUUCCCCGGUGGUCACUGGCGCUUCUAA